AUGUCAGAUUUAGAGAAGGGUGCCGAUAAAAUACAGCAUGAUCUAGAAAUUAAUGUGUAUAAUAUUGAGGCACCAGCAAUCGAAGUUGUUUUUAUCAUACAAAGUCAAGGCACAAAAUAUCACAGUGAAUUAAGUAGAAAUCUAAAAGAGAAUAUUAUCAAACAAUCAGUGGAAUUACAACCGAAGUACAGAAUCCAAGUACAUGUACUGCAUGAAAUAUUAAAUUACCCAGGAGGCUGGACAAUACACAAUUUAAUACCACAACUAAUGCUGCUGCAAAGCAAAAGUCACGUGAACACCAUGGAGAAAAACACAAAUGAACAAAAAUAUAUGGAAGUAAUCAAUGAUAACACAAGAUGGAUUGUAUUUUGUGAGGAGAGGACAAGAGUUAAAGUGAAACUACUAAUGGAUAAAUUAAAGCAUGAGAAUCAUACACAGCAUUUGUAUCUGGGAAAACCUUUAUAUGAUCGUGAACCUACAAUCAUACAUCAUUUUGCAUUUUUUGAAAAUCCCAAAUGGUUUCCAUAUCCAAUGCUGAGUGCUGGUGUCGUAUUUAGUAUGAGAUUAUUCAAAAGUAUUGCCGACAUUUAUGCCAACCACAAUAAUAAGAAAUCAACAAUAUUACAUCGUUCGGAAUUUAGUAUUGAUGCUGCUCAUGAGCUGGCUCGUUUUAUUUAUGAUAAUGUACAGCUUCCAACAGUGACUAAAACAACAAUAUUUUUAAAAAAUAAUAAAAAUACUAAUAUAAAAAAUACAAAGACAUUUGUUGGUCAUCAAGAGAAAACUGCAACCACAAAUAAACCAACACAUACUACAACUCCGACUCAUGGUGACACUUCCAAUGCUGAAGUUACUACUACUAAUGUUUCUGACUUGUCGCACUCUGAUUUUUCUUCUACGACUAGGAGUAACAUCAACUCAAAAAAACAGAAAGUAAUGUUAAAGAAAGCUUCAUACAUUUGCCCUACGGCCACAUGGGAGUCCCAAGGCAUGAACAACAUAAAAAGUGACUAUAUCCGAACAAGCAACAAUAACAAUGAGGAUGACGCAUGUGCCAUGUAUGCAGAUCAAACUGCAAAUGCUGCAUCAUCUAUGACAUGUGCUCCCGUCAAUCGAGAAGAAAUAUAUUUUGCCGUUAAAACGUGUUCAAAAUAUCACCAUGAACGUUUGCCAAUAAUACAAAACACAUGGGCAUCUUACGCCAAACAUGUCAAAUAUUUUAGUGAUUUUCAAGAUGACACAAUACCAACAAUAAAUACUGGUGUACCAAAUGUUGAGAUGGGACAUUGUGCCAAAACAUUACAAAUUUUGAAAUUAGCUCUGAGGGAUAUUGAAAACUACAACACCAGACAGCAAAGUGUCCAUCACUUUAAUCCAAAAAAACAUGAGAAUCAUCAAAUACAAUGGUUAUUUCUCAGUGACGAUGAUACUUUAUUAAGCGUUUCAGGUGUUUGCCAAGUACUUGGAUGUUACAAUUCAAUGGAUGAUAUUUAUCUGGGUGAACGUUACGGGUAUCGUUUGCAUGCCCAGGAUGGAUUCAACUAUAUAACAGGUGGUGGUGGCAUUGCAUUCUCUCUGCCAGUGGUUAGACUUAUUUUGCAGCAAUGCUCAUGUCCUUCACCUUCAGCGCCGGAUGAUAUGAUUUUGGGCUCCUGUUUGCACUCAAUUCAAUUGCAAGCUAUUCAUUCAUCGCGGUUCCAUCAAGCUCGUCCCAACGAUUAUCCCUUUGAGUUAUGGAAACAAGAGCCACCUGUUUCAUUUCACAAAUUUUGGCAACUGGAUCCUGUUGAUGUUUAUAAUCAAUUGUUUGCUGCUCAAGACCGUCAACUCGUGGCUGAGGAAAAUCUUGUUCUCGAAAAUCUCAUCGAUUUAGAUUUUAGUUCCAAGACCCGUAAACUUUUAGCUAAUACGGAAUCAUUGAAUUUAAAUGAGAUUCCUGUCUCCCUGGUGGCAUCGCUGCAUCAUUCAAAGGAGCGUCAUGUUGAUCUUUAA